UUCUUUAAUUUUUUCGAUUUGAGAAUCUCGAUUCCAACACCGCCAAAAUGGUCAAGACUUCCGUCCUCAACGAUGCGCUCAACGCCAUGAACAACGCCGAGAAGGCUGGCAAGCGCCAGGUCCUCAUCCGUCCUUCCUCCAAGGUCAUCGUCAAGUUCCUUGCUGUCAUGCAGAAGCACGGCUACAUCGGCGAGUUCGAGGAGGUCGAUGACCACCGCUCCGGCAAGAUUGUCAUCCAGCUCAACGGCCGCCUCAACAAGUGUGGUGUCAUCAACCCCCGCUACCCCGUCCAGCUCCGUGACCUCGAGAAGUGGGCUACCCAGCUCCUUCCCUCCCGUCAGUUCGGUUACGUUGUCCUGACCACCUCCGCCGGUAUCAUGGACCACGAGGAGGCUCGCCGCAAGCACGUUGCUGGCAAGCUUCUCGGCUUCUUCUACUAGAUGGAGUCAAAAAAAGAAUU